CUCCUAUUAUCUACGCAACUACCACAGUAUCGCAUUGCAUUUAUCUUACAGACACUAAUAGCUUUAAACGGAAGCAAUGGGGCUGUUAAUGUCCCUGCCCAUUGCGGGCGGUCUGACGACCAUAGCAAGCUCUUGUCUGGCGGGAGUUGCAUUUUGUUGCACGUCUACUGCAGCUUCCAUGUUCUUCAAGUCCUGCAACUGUAACUCUUCGAUCGCGACUCGAGUUGGAUUUGCUAUUAUAUUCUCCUUAAAUUCUAUCCUAGCUUGGAUAAUGAAGACAGACGCAGUUGUCAAACUCAUCAAGAAGUGGAGUAUGGACUACAUCAAGAUGGAUUGUGAGGAAGAGGGGAAAUGCUUCGGGGUCCUUGCAGUCCAUCGCAUCUGCUUCGCACUCAGUCUCUUCCAUCUUAUUCUCAGCGCCUUGUUGGUAGGGAUCAAGAGCACAAAGGAGAAGCGCUCGGAAAUACAGAACGGUUGGUGGGGUCCCAAAGUCCUCCUAUGGAUCAUCCUCAUCGUCGUCUCGUUCUUCAUUCCCAACGGAUUCUUCAUGUUCUGGGGCAACUACGUCUCCCUGAUUGGCGCCACAAUAUUCAUCCUCCUCGGCUUGGUCCUACUCGUUGAUUUCGCCCACUCAUGGUCGGAAACAUGCUUAGAGAACUGGGAAUACUCCUCGUCCAACCUCUGGCAGUGGAUUUUGAUUGGGUCAACAGCUGCCAUGUAUGCCUUCACCAUCACAUUGACCGGCCUACUGUACGGAUUCUUCGCGGGUUCUGGAUGCACCCUCAAUCGCUUCUUCAUCUCCUUCAACCUCGCCCUGUGCAUCAUCAUCACCAUCAUGUGUGUCCAUCCCACCGUCCAAGAAUACAAUCCCCGUUCUGGCCUUGCUCAAUCAUCGAUGGUUGCUGCGUACUGCACAUACCUCGUCGUUUCGGCUGUCACGAACCACACCCACGAGACUGCGAAGUGUAAUCCCCUCAGAGACGGCAAGGGAACGCGGAAUGCGGUGUUGAUUCUCGGAGGUAUCUUCACCUUCCUUGCCAUCGCUUAUUCCACAACCCGGGCUGCCACCCAGAGUCGCGCGCUUGUCGGCAAGGGCAAGAAGGACGGGAAGAUUCAGUUGGCCAGCGAUGACGAGGGACAUUCUGAGAUGAACUAUGUUACCACACAGCCUGGACGGACAGAUUCCCCUCGAUACCAAGCGCUUUUGGCUGCAGUAGAAGCUGGUGCCAUCCCCGCUUCUGCAUUGAACGAAUUUGACGACGAUGACGAAGAAGAUGUUGUUGGCGAAGAGCGAGAUGAUGAGAAGACUGGAACUCGUUAUAACUAUUCGUGGUUCCAUAUCAUAUUCUGCAUCGCAUCGAUGUAUGUCGCGAUGCUGUUGACUGAUUGGAAUGUUGUAUCCAAGUCAGAUAACAGCGUGUAUAUCGGGCGCUCCGAAUCGGCCAUGUGGAUGAGGAUCGUCUCGAGCUGGGUCUGUAUGCUCCUCUAUAUCUGGAGUCUUAUGGCUCCCGUUCUCCUCCCUGAUCGCUUCGGGGACUAUUAGUAUCGCUAUAUUCAAGGACUAUGUAAUUUUCUCUUAUUGCUUUUCUACUCGUGUACCAUGAUUCAACGUACCGGCCUCGGCUUGGCCUAAAUUUGUUGGGUUCUU